UCGCGAACCCCUGUCAGAACAAUGGAACAUGCAAUAACAAUAACGGUUCAUAUAUUUGUGCUUGUAAUGACGGAUGGCAGGGAAAAGAUUGUGAAGAAGAUUUCGAUGAAUGUCAAUUUUCGCCUUGUCAAAACAACGGAACUUGUGUCAAUACUGUAGGAUCAUAUAUUUGUGACUGCACCACGGGAUGGAAAGACCAAAACUGUUUGAAUGAUGUUGAUGAAUGUCAAAAGACUGACUUGUGUAAACACAACGGGACAUGCAUUAACAACAAUGGUUCAUAUGUAUGCAACUGUACAAAUGGUUGGCAAGGACAGCAUUGUGAUGAUGAUGUUGAUGAGUGUCAAAAGACAGAUAUGUGUAAACACGACGGGACCUGUAUCAACAACAAUGGUUCAUAUGUUUGUGACUGUACAGAUGGUUGGCAAGGACAGCAUUGUGAAGAUGAUGUUGAUGAAUGUCAAAAGACAGAUUUGUGUAAACACAAUGGAACCUGCAUCAACAGCAAUGGUUCAUAUGUUUGUGACUGCGCAGAUGGUUGGCAAGGGCAGCACUGUGAAGAGGAUGUCAACGAAUGCCAUGAGGUCGACCUAUGUAAACACAAUGGAACAUGUAUUAACAACAAUGGAUCCUACGCCUGCAGCUGUACAGAUGGGUGGCAGGGUUCGAACUGUGAAGUCGAUGUCGACGAAUGUCAGGUGACCUUCUUGUGCGAGAAUAAUGGGACGUGCAUUAAUAAGAACGGUUCCUAUGAGUGUAACUGUACAGUUGGUUGGCAAGGACAGCAUUGCGAAAACGACUUCAACGAAUGCGAAGUUGCAAAUCUUUGUGAACACAAUGGAACUUGCAUCAAUAAUAACGGCUCAUACAUUUGUAACUGUACAGAUGGAUGGCAAGGACAACAUUGUAAAGAUGAUAUCAACGAAUGCCAAAUGUUGCAUUUGUGUAAAAACAACGGGACUUGCCUAAAUACCAAAGGUUCUUACGUGUGCAAUUGUGAAGAGGGAUGGCGAGGACAACAUUGCGAAGAUGAUGUUGAUGAAUGUGAAAUAACGGAACUGUGUAAACACAAUGGAACCUGUAUUAACAAUAAUGGAUCCUAUAUCUGUAAUUGUACUGAUGGCUGGCAGGGACAACAUUGUGAAGAUGACGCAAACGAAUGUGAAGUGACUGACCUCUGUACAAAUAAUGGGACCUGUAUUAACACCAAUGGCUCAUAUAAAUGUAUCUGUGAGGCUGGGUGGCAGGGACAACAUUGUGAAGAUGUUUUUCCUGACAAAGCAAGGAAUUUUAACUAUUAUAUUGAUUUAUAA